GAGCAGGUACGUGGCCUUGUGCCACAUUGAACACAAACUUGGCUUUCCUGCAAGCCAGGAAGGCUCUGGUGUUACCAUAGGCACAUUGUGCAGCUUCAAUCUGAACUGAUCUAUAGACUAAAACAAGAGACAGGCGUAUUUGAAAUUGACAUUUUGUUCCUCUCUUUUUAAGAGGUCAUGUGAUAAUUACUUCCUCUUUUAGACUACGUUGAGGGUGGACAAGCUGCAGGACGCUCCACGGAGGUGGUCUUGACCCAUGAGAUGUGUUUCCUGUUACCCAGAUGAUAAUGUCACAUCGUCACAAGAGUACAAAAGAAAGACGUUUUAAGGAGUCCAAACUUGAAGGAUCCAAGAUGGCAGCUUUUGACUGGCGGCUCUUUCUUGCCGGGCUGCUUGUUGCUAUACCACCAGCCUCGUGCUAUGGAUUCAGACAUUGCAUCGAGACGCCGUGGUCACAUGGAACAGAAUUCAAAUGCUACAGGCGGACCGCGAGAAACAUCUUGGCCAUUGUUGACGACCUGCCCUCCUCCACCACAAACCUCACCAUCUCGCUGACUCCUGUGAAGAGCAUCCCUCAGGGGAGCUUUGUGAAUUUGACAAAACUUCGCAGUCUCCAGUUGGAUCGCAACAACAUAAGCCAAAUUGAGCCACAUGCAUUCCAAAGUCUGCACCGUCUGCAAUCCCUCAACCUCUCCUGUAACAACAUUUCUGAGCUGCACCCAGCUGUGUUUGAGGGACUACACAACCUCACAUUUCUAGCGCUGACACACAACAACCUCAAGACUCUUCCUGAACGGAUUCUCUUGCCACUGGUUAAUCUCAAAAGGUUUCUCUUGCGGCACAACUUUCUUCAUAAUUUUUCAAACAUUGCAGAAUCUUUGUCGAAUUUGACAAACAUCAAAAUGGUUGAUCUUUGCUUCAACAUUCUGACUAAUCUAAGCCACUUGAAUUAUUCCUUACCACACUCCCUGGAAGUGCUAUAUAUCUGUAGGAACAACCUCUCUACGUUGGGGUGCAGACAAAACUUUCUUGCAGCUGUGCACGUCUUAGAUCUGUCCUACAAUGCCCAACUCGACAACCAUGCUUUUUCAGGUUUAAACUUGGCACACAUUUACUACCUUCGUUUACGCUCCACCAACGUGAGCAUCGUGCCGUUUGUGAAGACCACUAACAUUAACGUAGGCAGCAUCGACUUCACCAACACCGGCAUUAGAAGCAACACUCAGGUGAAAGAGCUCUGUGUUGCGCUGAGGCGAAGAAUUAAAAGGAUCAAGUCACUCAAUCUUUGUGCCAACGGACCUCUGAACCUGAGCAACGGCACACUGGACGACUGUCCGCAGAUUGUACAUUUGAACAUUUCUGGCAACUACGUGCGUGACUCAAACUGUUUGAAGUUCCUGGACAAACAUCCACAAAUUAACGUCUUGGUCUCAGAGCAUAACAACAUGACGAAGCUCCAGUCCUGCGAAAGGCCGUUCUUCUUCAAUCUGAAAGAGCUGAGUUUUCGUUACAACCACAUCUUGUCAGUGAGCAACUGCGCUUUCUGCCACGCUCCAAAUAUUACGACGCUCAAGUUAAACAUAAACAGAAUUGCAGACCUGGGUUUGAAAGCUCUUAAAGGACUACAGCAGCUUCAGACCCUGCGCCUCGACAACAACCUCUUGACCGAGCUGUUUGACACAACUUUUGGAGAUUUGGUCGACUUGCGGGUUCUAAACUUGCGCAACAAUCGGAUCUCAGUCAUUUUCAACAACACCUUUGCCAAUCUCAAGAAUCUGUGGAAGUUGGAUCUCGGGGGUAAUAAAAUCACCCACAUCACGUCAGCUGGUCUCCGUGGGCUUGAGCGCCUGUCCAAUUUCUAUCUUGACGGAAACAAACUUCAACAAAUCGAACACGCCCUUCACCCGGUCUUCUGCGACACAUUGACGGUGCUGGAUUUGGAGAAAAAUAGCAUUCGCUUUCUGAGCCACAACACAUAUUCGCCCUUUGCUAAUCUCAGCAAACUACAAGAUUUGAAAAUGGGCAGUCAGUUGUUACAUGGCUUAGCAAAUGUCCCCCAAAGAUUUUUCCACGGUCUUCAUUCACUGACAUCUCUAUACUUUGACAAUAACCAAAUCAUUUACAUAUCUCCUGACGCCUUUGAUGACCUGUCCAGCUUGGAAUUCCUCACACUGACUGCCUGCUGUGCUGGAGAUGUACAGCUCCAACCAGGAACCUUUAAAAACCUUCGGAACCUUACCACAUUAAUCAUAGAAAAUACAGGUAUGGAGCAGCUGUCCGAACACGUAGUUGGUAAUCUUACCAAGCUAGCUGUGCUUCAGAUAAACCACAAUGGAAUCAAAAGCAUCAACAUCACCACAUUGGAGAGUUUACCGAAACUCCGGUACCUGGACAUUCGUAACGUCCCCCUGAGCUGCACGUGCAAAAACAAUUUACUGCAAAACUGGACAGUGAAAAACCGGAGGGUCCAGGUGGUGAAUCUCUUCAGUCUUCCAUGCCAAAAUGAUGAACGCCACAAAUUCUACAACUUCGACACUCGUGUGUGUUAUGUAGACAUUGGGCACUAUCUUUUCUUCAGCACAGCAGUGGUUAUUGUCCUAUUCACAGCCACCCCCAUACUUUAUGUCAAACUCUACUGGAAAAUCAAAUACGGCUGCUACGUAUUCCGCUCCUGGUUCAAAGAACAGUGGCGCAGGAUCAGAGAGGAGCAAGAAAACUGUAAAUAUGACGCGUUCAUUUCCUACAACUCUUCUGAUGAAGACUGGGUUAUGGACUACUUGCUGCCUAACUUGGAGGGAAACGGUUCAUCCUUUAAACUCUGCCUGCAUCACAGAGACUUCGAACUGGGCCGCGACAUUGUGGACAACAUCGUCACUGCUGUCUACAGCAGCCGUAAAACGAUUUGCGUUGUCAGCAAAAACUUCCUUCAGAGCGAGUGGUGUUCGCUGGAAAUCCAGCUGGCCAGCUACCGGCUGUUUGAUGAGCACCGUGACGUGCUCCUGCUAGUUUUUCUGGAGCCCAUCUCGGAGAGACAAAUGUCCUCCUACCACCGCAUGAGGAAGGUCAUGCUGAAGAAGACAUAUCUGCAGUGGCCUGGGUCAGACUGCGCCAACCCCGACGAAGCGCAAAACCUGUUUUGGACAAAGCUACGAAGGGCGAUGAAAACUGGAAGCCAACUUGAUGCAGAGGAGGGUGACAAUAAUACAAAUGUGGGCAGGGAAGCGAAGGACCAUUUGGAGAACUAUUACCUGCAACCUUAAAUACAAGGAGGCAAGAUGUCAACAGAUAUGCAGGCAUUCUAACCUCGCACCUGGUUAUAGUUGAUUUGUCUACAUAAAAGCACCCUGUAUCGUAAAUAUGAAUUUAUAUGCACGUAAGAUGAUGCUAAAUUCAAGCUUGGAUCAUUUAAAAAAAAAAAAAAAGUUCUUCAUGGUAAAAAAUGAUUUAUUUUACUGUAGGUCGUAUAAAGCCAGUCUCUUUUGUGCAGUUGAAUCAUGCUGUAAAUUCAGAAGAUAUUGAAUUUUGUUAUAUAUUUUUAUUUUAUUACACACCAUGUGACACCUGUGACAUUGUUAUUCAGCCACAAAUGACAUAUGUAUCGAUACUCAAG